AUGAAGGGCAGUUUCCAAAUCUGGGAUGACUUCAUCAACAAAGCGGCAAAGCUGCAAUCGCACAUCCGAGCGACGGUUGCGGCUGUGGCUUCUUUCCUUGAUGCCUUUCAGAAAGUGGCCGACCUGGCGUCCAGCAGCAGAGGGGCGACGCGGGACCUGGGGUUCGCCCUGAGCCGUGUGUGUGUGAGACAGAGAGGCAUCGAGAGCCGACUGAGGCGCUUCUCCAUGCUGAUGCUGGAGAGCCUCAUUAACCCGCUGCAGGAGCAGAUGGACGAGUGGAGGAGGAGCACUACUGCUCUGGACAAGGACCACGCCAAAGAGUAUAAGAAAGCUCGUCAGGAGAUGAAGAAGCGCUCCUCUGACUCACUGCGGCUGCAGAAGAAAGCCAAGAAAGGCCGUGGGGAGCAGCCCUCAGACUCCCCCCUGAAGCCCCCUCUCUUCCCCCUGUGGGAAGAGGCGCAGAGCAGUGCUGUGAGGAGAGCCCUGGUGGAGGAGAGGGGGAGGUUCUGCUGCUUCGUGUCCAUGCUACGCCCCCUGAUGGAGGAGGAGGUGGGCUUUCUGUCUGAAGUCUCACAUCUCCAGAGUUUGAGUGAAGAUCUGAGGACCCUGAGCAUGGACCCCCACAAGCUGCCGGCCUCCUCUGAGCAGGUUCUCUUUGAGCUGAAGACCUCAGACUCCUGCUCCCUCCAGACUCCGCCUUCGUCACCAGGCUCCACCGUAUCCAGAAAGUCCAGCAUGUCCAGCUCGGUAAACAGCGUGAGCAGCGGCGACUCGCGUUCCUCUGGCUCCCCACACUUCAGGUUCAGGUCCGGGUCUGGAUCCGGGUCUGGUCCAGUUCAGUCCGGCUCUCUACGGCUCUCCUCCGUCUCCUCUCAUGACUCCGGGUUCAACUCCCACAACUCCAGAAGCCCUAGUGUCAGUGGUCUGUCUGCGAUGAAGAGGAGCCACACUACAGUUCCCAUCAGCCACCAGGGCGAUGACCUCACUGUGGGGGCGGAGCUGGUGCAGGCUCUGGACCGAGGACUGAAACUAGAUCUCUACACACCAGGCUCAGACAGGGAAAGCUUCUCUCUCAGUUCUGAACCAGACGCGCUCUCUCCGGACCCGUCUCUGUCAUUUUGGCGUCUGCAACAUACCAGGUGUGCUUCCAGCGCGCAGACACCAGGGGUCGCCACCAUCCGCCGCGCGCCCUCCUCCAAACUGCGCAGAGCGAACUUGAGCUUGUCCCUAAACCCGGGCCUCCUGAGACCCCCUGUGAUCCCGGUCCAGACCCCCACUGUUCCCAGGGCAGCUGAGACCCCGCCUUGCCCACCUCCACAGCCUCUUGCGCGAGCAGUGCGGGCACCCAGGUCCCCGCGGGAGGAACGAGAUUAUCUGUGCGCAAUUCGAAGAGGCGUCAAACUGAAAAGGAACAAGGACGUCAGCGAUCGCUCUGCGCCCAGGAUCCAGUGA